CCCCCCGUCUGCAGCGGAGAGAAGCACCGGCCGUCGCUCCGUCCCAGCCGCUGCCUCCGUUUCGGCGAGGGGGUCGCCGUGGGGGCGGCUGUGCGUUCGGCCGCCGCUCCCCCCUCCUCGCCUGCGGCUGAUGCCCAGGGAGGGGCGACGCGAUGGGCUUCCUGCACCAACUUUAUCUCCUGCUGUGGAAGAACGUGACGCUGAAGCGACGCAGCCCGUGGGUGCUGGCCUUCGAAAUCUUCAUCCCGCUGGUCCUUUUCUUCAUCCUGCUGGGGCUGAGGCAGAAAAAGCCCACCAUUGCAGUAAAAGAAGCUUACUACACGGCAGCUCCGCUCACCUCGGCUGGGAUUUUGCCCGUCAUGCAGUCUCUGUGUCCCGACGGGCAGCGCGACGAGUUUGGGUUUCUGCAAUACUCCAAUUCCAUGGUGACCCAGUUGCUCGAGCGGCUGAAUGAGGUGGUGGAGAAGAGCAACCUCUUUGACCCGGGUCGCGCAGGGCCUGAGGAGGAGCUGGAGUCUCUCCGGCACCACCUGGAGUUUCUUGGCGGCAGCGGGCCCAGUGCUGUGGAGGUGCCCUUUGCUGCGGAGGCAGCCCCGGGUUUUUCCCUCGACUCCAUCGCCAAGGACACGUGGGAGCUUCAUCGCUUUCUCAUGCAGAACCUCUCUUUGUCCAACGAGACGGUGGCGCUCCUCACAGGCUCCAGCAUCAACCCGGAGGAGGUCUACCGGCUCAUCUUUGGCACGACUCCCGGCUCUGCCGACAGCCUUGGGCCAGCGGAGAAGUGGCAUCGCCCGGAGAAAAGCUUCCUGGGCAGCCUGAAGAUGAUGGAAGACGGGCUGGUCCGGCAAGCCUUGCACCACCCCGCCAAAGGCCCCCAGCAGAAGGCCAUCCUCCGUCUCUUCUCCCAUGCCUUGGGUCUCACCAGCUCCAUGGCAGAACCCCCGGGUUCCUACAGCCCACAGACCUUCGUGAGGGAUGUGGAGAACAUCCUUUUCACCCCACCUGUGCUGGAGAGCCUGACGUGUCGCCAGAGCCCGGACAAGCUGAGACGUGUCCUGAUCAUCCCGGACAGCCAGCAGCCCCUCCUGCAUGCCUAUCGUGCUGCUGUCUGCAACCGGAGCGCCAGCCUGCGGGCCGACUACUUUGGGCAGUUGGCCGCUGAGAUGAAGGACCAGCUGGAUGCUCGCAAGGUCGUUGAACAGGUGAGUGGGACGGGGAAAGGUGGUGGGGGAGACUCUUCUGCAGCUGCCCCAGCACUCGGGCAUCACCCGCCUGGCCGCGUCCACACCCUGCUGGAGGACUUGGUGGAAACGGAAAAGGUGCUGAAGGACGUGGACAUCCUCUCAGCUCUGGCCAAGCUGCUCCCCAAGGGGGCCUGUGCCGCAAAAGUGCCCACCCCCGCCCCCAACAGCACCGGCCCGGCCGGGAACUUCACCUCUGGCACCAAUUCCAGCUCCGAGGAGGGCAAGGCCGAGAGCGAGCCGCCGGCUGAGGAUCCGCAAGGGCAGUGUUCGGCAUUCGUGCAGCUCUGGGCCGGCCUGCAGCCCAUCCUCUGUGGGAACAACCGGACUAUUGAACCUGAGGCGCUCCGGCAGGGGAACAUGAGCUCUUUGGGGUUCACCAGCAAAGAGCAGCGCAACCUGGGGCUUCUGGUGCAUCUCAUGACCAGCAACCCCAAGAUCCUGUAUGCGCCUGUUGGCACGGAGGUGGAUAAAGUCAUCCUGAAGGCCAAUGAGACCUUUGCCUUCGUUGGGAACGUGACGCACUACGCCCAGGUCUGGCUGAACAUCUCUGCCGAGAUCCGCAGCUUCUUGGAAGAGGGCAAGUUGCAGCAGCGGAUCAGCUGGCUCCGGCAGGUGGCGGCGGGUCUUCACAGGCACCCCGAGGUCCUGAAGGUCUCAGACAGCGUCCUGUUCCAAAACUUCACGGAGAGUAACUUCUCACUGUCCAACACCAGCGCGCUUCUGCAGCAGCUGGACACGAUAGACAAUGCUGCCUGUGGCUGGAUCCAGUUCGUGUCCAAGGUCAGCGUGGACAUCUUCAAGGGCUUUCCGGAUGAGGAGAGCAUCGUGAACUACACCCUGAACCAAGCCUACCAAGACAACGUCACUGUCUUUGCCAGUGUGAUCUUCCAAACCAACAAGGAUGGCAGCCUCCCUCCCCACGUCAUGUACAAGAUACGCCAAAAUUCCAGCUUCACGGAAAAGACCAAUGAGAUCCGCCGUGCGUAUUGGAGGCCUGGACCAAACACCGGGGGCCGUUUCUACUUCCUUUAUGGCUUUGUCUGGAUCCAAGACAUGAUGGAGCGCGCCAUCGUCAACACCUUUGUCGGCCGCGAUGUGGUUGAGCCUGGCAAUUACGUGCAGAUGUUUCCCUACCCCUGUUACACCCGUGAUGACUUCCUGUUUGUGAUAGAGCACAUGAUGCCUCUGUGCAUGGUCAUCUCCUGGGUGUACUCGGUCGCCAUGAUGAUCCAGCAUAUUGUUGCAGAGAAGGAGCACCACCUGAAGGAGGUGAUGAAGAUGAUGGGGCUGAACAACGCGGUCCACUGGGUGGCGUGGUUCAUCACCGGCUUCGUCCAGCUGUCCAUCUCGGUCACAGCACUGACCGCCAUCCUCAAGUACGGGAAGGUCCUUAUGCACAGCGAUGUGGUCAUCAUCUGGCUUUUCCUGGCCAUCUAUGCUGUGGCCACUAUCAUGUUCUGCUUCUUGGUCUCCGUGCUCUACUCCAAGGCCAAGCUGGCCUCAGCAUGCGGCGGGAUCAUCUACUUCCUCAGCUACGUCCCCUACAUGUAUGUUGCCAUCCGUGAGGAAGUGGCCCACGACAAGAUCACCGCCUUUGAGAAGUGCAUUGCCUCCCUGAUGUCCACCACGGCCUUCGGGCUGGGCUCAAAGUACUUUGCCCUCUACGAAGUGGCAGGAGUGGGCAUCCAGUGGCAGACCUUCAGCCAGUCCCCCGUGGAAGGGGAUGACUUCAGCCUUCUCCUUUCCAUGAUGAUGUUGAUCAUCGAUGCCGUGAUCUACGGGGUGCUGACGUGGUACAUCGAAGCCGUGCACCCAGGAAUGUACGGGCUCCCCCGGCCUUGGUACUUCCCGCUGCAGAAGUCCUACUGGCUGGGAAAUGGGCGCACCGAGGCCUGGGACUGGUCAUGGCCCUGGUCCAAGAUGACCCACCUGAGUGUCACAGAGGAGGACCAAGCGUGUGCCAUGGAGAGCAGAAAGAUGGAGGAGAGCCGGGGCAUCGAGGAGGAGCCCACCCACCUGCCCCUGGUGGUCUGCGUGGACAAACUGACCAAGAUCUACAAGACCGACCAGAAGCUGGCCCUGAACAAGCUGAGCCUCAACCUCUACGAGAACCAGGUGGUGUCUUUCCUGGGCCACAACGGUGCCGGCAAGACGACCACCAUGUCCAUCCUGACGGGCCUCUUCCCCCCGACCUCCGGCUCUGCCACCAUCUACGGCCACGACAUCCGGACAGAGAUGGACAAGAUCCGGAAGAACCUGGGCAUGUGCCCCCAGCACAACGUCCUCUUUGACAAGCUGACCGUGGAGGAGCACCUCUGGUUCUACUCGCAGCUGAAGGGCAUGGCGGAAGAGGAGAUCUGCAAGGAGAUGGCCAAGAUGAUUGAGGACCUGGAGCUGACCCACAAGUGCCACUUCCUGGUGCAGAUGCUCUCCGGAGGGAUGAAGAGGAAACUCUCGGUUGCCAUUGCCUUUGUGGGGGGCUCACGGGCCGUCAUCCUGGACGAGCCCACAGCUGGCGUUGACCCCUAUGCCCGCCGGGCUAUCUGGGAUCUCAUCCUCAAGUACAAGCAAGGAAGGACCAUCCUCCUCUCGACCCACCACAUGGACGAGGCCGACCUCCUGGGCGACCGCAUCGCCAUCAUCUCCCACGGGAAGCUGAAAUGCUGCGGCUCGCCCCUCUUCCUGAAAAGCACAUACGGGGACGGGUACAAGCUGACAGUGGUCAAGAAGCAGGCAGACCCCCGGACCAACACGGAGGCCGGCCUCCCCCGGAGCCCCCCCUGCCCCUCCACCAUCAGCCCCUGCUCUGAAGAGCGCGUCACCCAGUUCAUCAAGAAGCACGUGGCUUCCUGCAUGCUCGUCUCCAACACCAACACGGAGCUCUCCUACAUCCUGCCCAGCGAGGCCGUCAAGAAGGGCUGCUUCGAACGCUUGUUCCAGCACCUGGAGCACAGUUUGGACGAGCUGGAGCUCACCAGCUUUGGCCUGAUGGACACCACCCUGGAAGAAGUCUUCCUCAAGGUCUCAGAAGAAGAUCAGUCUCUGGAGAACAGCGAUGCCGAUAUGAAUGAGUCCAAGCAAGAUGCUCUCCCGCUGCCCAGUCCUCGCCUUUGCCCCACGCCCGAAGCCAACGGCCAGCCCCUCCUGAGGCCGGAAAGGCCGGCGAAGCCAGAGGGGGACCGGGGGAACCUGCUGGCCUGCUCAGACUUGGCUCAGUCGCAGGCAUCCCUGCAGUCCUCCUCCUCCUCCUCCUCCUCCUCGGCCGGCUCUGUGCGUGGCGAGGAAGGUGGGGCUUACUCGGAGUUCUAUGGCGAUUACUCCCCCUUGUUUGAAAACCCGCAGGACCCUGAUAACAGCAGCCUGCAAGAUGCUGACCCAGAGGAGGCUGCCCUGGCCGGACAGGGCAGCUUCCGGCUGGAGGGCUCCUGGCUGAAGCUGCGCCAGUUCCAUGGGCUGCUCGUCAAGCGCUUCCACUGCGCCAAGCGCAACAGCAAGGGCCUCUUCUCCCAGAUCCUGCUGCCAGCUUUCUUCGUCUGCGUCGCCAUGACCGUGGCCCUCUCUGUCCCGGAAAUAGGUGACCUGCCUCCCCUCAUCCUUUCACCGUCUCAGUAUCACAAUUACACCCAGCCCAGAGGCAACUUCAUUCCGUACGCCAACGAGGAACGUGGUUACCACCAGCCAUCGCCAGAUGCCAGCGCCCAGCAGCUGGUGAGCACGUUCUACCUGCCCUCCGGCAUCGGGGCCACCUGCGUGCUCAAGUCGGCCUUCAACAGCACGUUGGACCAGCAAGUCCAGGCCCUUAAUCUCAACAGCAACGAGUCCAAGAUGUUGGCUGCCAAGUAUUUUGACGCGAUGUGCCUGGACUCCUUCACCCAGGGGCUGCCCCUCUCCAACUUCGUGCCUCCCCCUCCAUCCCCUGCCCCCUCCGACUACCCUUACUCCCUGGACGAGGACUUGCUGCGGGCCUGGAAUUUCACCAGCUUCCCGCCCACUGUUAAAGAGACGGUCACCUCCACCCCAGCCCAGCCCAGCAUCGUCCAUGAACCCAUCAAAUGUACCUGCUCCAUGCAGGGAACCGGCUUCUCCUGCCCCAGCGGGGUUGGGGGGCAUCCCCCCCAGAUGAAGGUGGUGACGGGGGACAUAUUGGUGGACAUCACAGGGCACAACGUCUCGGAGUAUCUGCUCUAUACUUCGGACCGCUUUCGGCUGCACAGGUAUGGAGCAGUGACCUUCGGCAACAUCCAGAAAUCCAUCCCGGCCUCUUUUGGGGCCCGAGCUCCCCCAAUGGUCCGGAAAAUCGCUGUCCGCAGUACCGCCCAGGUGUACUACAACAACAAAGGUUACCACAGCAUGCCCACCUACCUCAAUGCCCUCAACAACGCCAUCCUCCGCGCCAACCUCCCCAGCAGCAGGGGCAACCGCGCAGCCUAUGGCAUCACCCUGACCAACCAUCCAAUGAACAAGACCAGCGCCAGCCUUUCUCUGGAUUACCUCCUCCAAGGCACCGACGUGGUCAUCGCCAUCUUCAUCAUCGUGGCCAUGUCCUUUGUGCCCGCGAGCUUUGUCGUCUUCCUGGUGGCUGAGAAGUCCACCAAGGCCAAGCACCUCCAGUUUGUCAGUGGCUGCGACCCUGUCAUCUACUGGCUGGCCAACUACGUCUGGGACAUGCUCAAUUACCUGGUGCCAGCCACUUGCUGCAUCAUCAUCCUCUUUGUCUUCGACCUGCCGGCUUACACCUCGCCCACCAACUUCCCCGCGGUACUGGCCCUCUUCCUGCUCUACGGGUGGUCCAUGACGCCCAUCAUGUACCCAGCUUCCUUCUGGUUCGAGGUGCCCAGCUCGGCGUACGUCUUCCUCAUCGUCAUCAACCUCUUCAUUGGCAUCACAGCCACCGUGGCCACUUUCCUUCUGCAGCUCUUUGAGCACGACAAGGACCUGAAGAUGGUAAACAGCUACUUAAAAAACUGUUUCCUGAUUUUCCCCAAUUACAACUUGGGCCAUGGACUCAUGGAGAUGGCUUACAAUGAAUACAUUAACGAAUACUACGCCAAGAUAGGGCAAUUCGACAAGAUUAAGUCUCCCUUUGAGUGGGACAUCGUGACUCGGGCCUUGGUCGCCAUGACCGUUGAAGGGUUUGUUGGCUUUUUCAUCACCAUCAUGUGCCAGUACAACUUUCUCCGAAAACCACAGCGCCUUCCUGUGUCCACCAAACCCAUCGAAGAUGACGUGGACGUGGCUGCUGAGCGGCAGCGAGUUCUGCGGGGGGGCGCUGACAGCGACAUGCUCAAGAUUGAGAACCUCACCAAGGUGUACAAGUCCCGCAAGAUUGGCCGUGUUCUGGCCGUGGACCGGCUGUGCAUGGGCGUCCGGCCGGGAGAAUGCUUCGGCUUGUUGGGCGUCAAUGGGGCAGGGAAGACGACCACCUUCAAGAUGCUGACAGGGGAUGAGAGCACCACCAAUGGCGAGGCCUUCAUCAAUGGGCACAGCAUCCUGAAGGAGCUGCUGCAGGUCCAGCAGAGCCUGGGCUACUGUCCGCAGUUUGACGCCCUCUUUGAUGAGCUGACGGCGCGAGAGCACCUGGAGCUCUACACGCGGCUGCGUGGCAUCCCUUGGAAGGACGAGGAACGGGUUGUGAAGUGGGCACUCGAGAAGCUGGAGCUGACCACGUGUGCCAACAAGCCCGCGAGCACCUUCAGUGGCGGCAACAAGAGGAAGCUGUCCACCGCCAUUGCGCUGAUCGGCUACCCAUCCUUCAUUUUCCUGGAUGAGCCGACCACCGGCAUGGACCCCAAGGCCCGGCGCUUCCUUUGGAACCUCAUCCUGGACAUCAUCAAGACGGGCCGCUCCGUGGUUCUGACUUCGCACAGGCAGGCUGGCGCCCCCUCCCCCAGUUUCCUGAGAUGCCUGGGCAAGGGGUCGGCUGGGUUAGGGAGCCCCGGGGGGCGGGAGUGUCUGGGUGAGUUAGCAGCAGCUGAGGGGCACCCGGGAGCCAGGGGUGAGCCGCUUCCCCUUCGCGUGGGGCAAGCGUGCCCCGCUCGGCUCUUUCAGCUGUGCCCAUCCUCCCUCAGCAUGGAGGAGUGCGAGGCCCUCUGUACCCGGCUGGCCAUCAUGGUGAACGGGCGCCUGAAGUGUCUGGGCAGCAUCCAGCACCUCAAGAACCGGUUUGGGGACGGCUACAUGAUCACCGUUCGGACCAAGUCAAGCCUGAACGUGAAGGAGGUGGCUCAGUUCUUCAGCCGGAACUUCCCGGAGGCCGUUCUCAAGGAGAGGCACCACACAAAGGUGCAGUACCAGCUGAAGUCAGAGCACAUCUCACUCGCUCAGGUCUUCAGCAAGAUGGAGCAGGUGGUGGCCAUCCUGGGCAUCGAGGAUUACUCCGUCAGCCAGACCACGCUGGACAACGUGUUUGUGAACUUCGCCAAGAAGCAGAGCGACAACUUGGAGCAACAGGAGUGCCUUCCACCCUGCUCGAUGGAGUCCCCUCUGCAGCGCCUGCUGAGCCUGCUACGGCCCCGCGGGACCCCCACGGAGCUGCGGGCCAUGGUGGUGGAGGAGCCAGAGGACUUGGAGACAGACGACGAGGGGCUGAUCAGCUUCGAGGAGGAGCGGGCCCAGCUUUCCUUCAACACUGACACCCUCUGCUGAAAAUGGAGGGGAUGCGCCCCCUCCCCUGGCUGUGCAUCCGCCCCCCCUUCCCGCUAUGUGGCUGCUGUCGAGCGUGCGGGAGCUUCCCGGAGGCGGGGGCAGCGAGAGGAGGCCUUGGCCCCGUUGGGCCCCCUGGGAAAGGAGCUGGCCCUGUGUGGUUUUGCAGCUGGCCGGGGCCCGAAUGCGGCGCAGCCCAGGCCACAUGAGAAGACUUGCCUCCGAGCCCCACCUGAACCCCACAGUUUCAGGCAUCGGUCCCCGGAGAGACUGUGCCUCGCUGCCUUUUCUGCUCGGCUGCCCUGGACCAGACUGCGGAGGGCGGCUGGCCGUGCUGCAGAGGAAGCCUCGCCGGAUCGGGAAGCUGGGUUCCGCCUGCCUUUCUGAAAGGGAAGCGUGAGAUGCCAAAGGGGGCUGAUCCUCCUGGGAUGAAUCUCUGGAUUGCUUCGGGGGUGGGGGGAGUUGUCUGUUCCUAGCAGGGCGCACCUGCAGGCAGGCAGGCACCCUCCCUCUUUCCCCCUCUUCCCCCCCACAAGUCACUCAGCCCAGGGACAAAAUCCUGCUGCAGCUCCAUGCAGGCUUCGAAAAUGCUGCCCGCCUGGGCAUCCUGCUAGAAAAGAAAGCAGCCAACCGACCCUGAACCCAAAAGCAGCCCAAGGGAGCGCGCCUGGCCCCCAUGAGCCUCGCCCUCCAUUUCCUCUAACCAGGCUUGGAGCUCUUUGCUGUUUUAAAGUAACGUCCCUUCCGAUUUGUCUCUCAGAGCAUCAAGGAACCGACUGGGCCCAGAAGGGCAGAGCCUGUGAGAAGCGUCUCCACCGGUCAGAUGGGGGGCAGGGGCUUUCCGGCUCCUCCGCUUGUGCCCUGAUUUGGCACGGUGUUAAUAGGAAGCGUCCGGUGGGAUGAUGAGUUCGUCUUUCGGAAGUCUCUGCUUCUAACCGUGGAGGCUCACUUAAGCGGUAGCAGCAAAUAGCUGCUGGGGGUCUGUCCAGUUGCCUCUUUGCCCAGGUGGCCAAAGACAGAGCCUUUAUUUGCUUCUGGAAUCACUCCAGGUGUGUGGGACUUCAAUGCCUGUUGCCCCAGCCGGGUGGUUUGGGAAGAUGGGAGCUGUAGUCCAACCUGCCAGAUGGGGCUGCAGCUGGAGAAAGCGGGUCCAGAUCCAUCCUGUCCUUUUCCGGUUGGGGAAGGGCACCAGCUGCAACACUUGCCAUAGUUGCCCGCCCCCCCAGCUGAGUCCCAUUUGCACCACCUCCAGCGCAGCCAAGAGACCAGCCGUGGCCUCCUGAGGUUUUUCACCCUGGUUGAAGCUGGAGAGGUGCUGGGAGACCCGGGGAGGGACCCUUUGGGGCCAGAGCAGGGCCCGGCUUCCUUCUCAGCCCGGCAGCCCUGGGACAGCAGAGCUGCUCAGCACAGAACAAGUGUAAAUUGUAUUUCGAGAAAGAUGAAGAUUUUAGACAAAGACUGCCUUGGCUUAUUUUCUGCUUAGCAAGCACAAUGUUUUUUAUUUAUUGGAGAGCUGGGGAGGGGCGUGAAUGUGAGCGUGUGCCUAAGCAGUGGGGGAAUCUGGGGGUGAGGCUGGCACUGUGCAGGGUUCCCCCGAUCUCCCCUUCCCAACAACAGCUUUUGGGCAGCUGGGCUUGGCCAGUCCUCUCUCUGGGUCCAGUAUCAAGCACGAAGGAGAGACACUGGCCCUGCCGAGUCAGGGCCGCGCUUGGCCAAUGUCCGCUCUGCCUGGCCCCUCCGGCCAUUCUCCCCGCCCCGACCCCCGACUUGGGGGAUCCUGGGCCCCACCGAGGCAGCUUGUAAGGAAAGCUCUGGCAGUUGGCCUUUGCAAAGAGCCCGUACGUUGCUAGCAAAAGAACCGGAAAACCCAAUGUGAAAAAUAAUUACUGUUUUAAUAAAAAGAUGAUAAUAACCUA